AUGGCCAUUCAAGCAAACCACGGCGCCUCAAUUGCCGACAUCAUCGCGAUCGGACCUGAGUCCGAGAGUGUUCAGGCAUGGCGCGAGCGAUGCAAAAUCAAGACUAAAUCACAGAUCCAUUUGGUGAAGUUGUCACAUAUGCGAUACCAGCAUCCCGAUCUCGAGGAGAUCACUACUUUCCUUCAGGAUUUUGGUAUGACAAUCGCCAAGCAAACGGACGAUGAGAUCUGGUAUCGUGGCUACGGAGUAGACCCUUACGUGUACUACGCCAGGAAGGGCCCAAAGCAGUUCCUUGGUGGUGCAUUUGAAGUCGAGUCAUACCAAGACUUAGAGAAAGCAACGCAAAUUCCAACGGCUGGCAAGAUUGAGGAUCUUACUUAUGCCCCUGGUGGAGGACACAUGGUCACUUUGACAGACCCCGAAGGCUUUGCGAUGAAUUUAGUUUUCGGGCAAACACCUGCCACUCCCGGCCAAUACCCCGAGAAGCUCGAACUGAAUUAUGAAGCUGAGAAGCCACGAGUCCGCAAAUUCCUUCGCUUCCAGCCCGGACCUGCCGCAGUUCAUAAGCUUGGUCAUUACGGAUUUUGCACUACCAAUUUCGAAGGUCUCGUUGAAUUUUACACGAAGAACUUCAACAUCGUCCCAACAGACUUCCUCUACGUCGAAAAAGAACAAAAGAAGACAAAUGUCGCACUAUUUGCCCAUAUUGACCGUGGCGACAAGCCUGUUGAUCAUCAUUCCCUUUUUAUGAGUUCCAACCCAACAAGUCAUGUCCACCACUGCUCUUUCGAAGUCCACGAUUUCGACACACAGAAGCUUGGUCAUCAGUGGCUAGCCAAGAAGGAAUACAAGUCUGUGUGGGGUGUUGGUCGCCACAUCCUUGGGUCUCAGAUCUUUGAUUAUUGGUGGGAUACAACAGGAAACAUGAUUGAGCAUUAUGCCGACGGUGAUCUGGUCAAUGAUCGGACUCCUAUUGGGUAUGGUCCUGCUGGUGAUGAGUCUUUGGCUGUUUGGGGGCCUGAGGUUCCGUCUUGGUUCUUGCAGUAA